GAUUUCCGUGUUCCCUGAAAAAUCUGAUAUGCAGAUGGAAGAAGGUCCAUUCCUGCGUAGGAACAUCACAGAAGGAGCUUUCCAAGACCUUGCCCACUACCUCGACGUCCAGUUCAGACUCCUGCGGGAGGACUUUGUGGGACCUCUACGGGAGGGAAUCAAUGGUUAUAUAACAGCAGUACAGACUGGAAAAUCAAAACGUUCAAACGCAAUGCGUGUUUAUCAUGACGUCCAGGUGAUAUGCCCGAUCGGAACUAAUAAUGGACUGUGUCAUCGAAUCUGUUUCGACGUCAGCAGAAUGCAGAAUGUGAACUGGGAGUCGAGUAAGCGUCUCAUUUUCGGUUCUUUGGUUUGUCUCUCGAAUGAUAACUUUAACACGUUAUUGUUCGCAACCGUCGCCGAGCGAGACGCUAACAAACUCAAGGAAGGGAUUUUAGAUAUAAAGUUUGAAGGCCUGAGCAGGAGAACUUUCAAUUUUGAUUUCAACAAGAAAUAUGUCAUGGCGGAAACGGUGGCAUAUUUUGAAGCUUAUCGGCACGUCAUGAAAGGCCUUCAAAACAUCAAUGAAGGCGAUCUUCCGUUUGAAAAGUACAUAAUUAAAUGCAACACUAAAAUGCAAGCUCCCCUUUACCUGAGGCAAACCCAAGAUGCAAAACUGGACUUGCGACCGCUCGUUGAUGAACAUUUUAUAGUAAGAAAUGUUAGGCAACAGGCACUUCCACCUCUGGCUAAAGAAUUCAGUGACAAAGCGGCCGUCGCGAGGUCGGUAGAACCUAAAGGUGUGUGGCCUAGCUCGGAGCUGUUACAUCUUGAUCGAUCUCAGUUUCGUGCGGUUAAGCGAGCUCUUACCAGUGAGUUUGUCCUCACCCAGGGUCCUCCAGGAACAGGCAAAACCUACAUCGGACUUAAGAUAGUGAAAGCUCUCCUCCACAACCACGCCCUCUGGAACACCAAUCUCGAAACACAAGAGCCAGACUGCAGGCCGAUGCUUGUAGUCUGCUAUACUAACCAUGCUCUUGAUAAGUUCAUCGAAGGCAUAAGCUCGUUCUUCAAAGGAUCCAUACUAAGAGUCGGUGGGAGGAGUUCCAGUGAAGCCAUGAAACAGUUCAAUUUGAGCAGUAUGCGCACCCGAAUGCGGGAGAAACGAGAGGUAUCAGAGGAAAUACAUCGUGGAAGGAUGAACGCAAGGAACAAAAUGAAAGGCCUCCAAGGCGCAAUAAACCGUGUAUCGGGUUCCUUAGAAAUUGCUAGCCGAGAGCUUUUAAACGAAGAUGUGCUACAAUCGUUCAUGGGGAGAUUUUACACAGAGAUCGUUGAUACAGAAUACAACUAUUUCGACGAAGGGUUUUCAACUCGACAAAGAAAGAAACACGCUGCUAUAUUGGACUGGCUCAGUAUCGAUACCCUUGCAGUUGGCGAAAAUGAGCAGAACGCAGAUUGGAGAGGUGAAGAAGGCCAAUAUGCUUUUGAUACAGCAGCAGCAAACGUAGAAGUCCAACAUCAACCGCAAGGUGGGGCACAAUUGAACGCCGACGUUUUGGAAUUACCUGUAGCUCAAGGCGAUGACAACGAAGAGGAGGAAGAGUUCGUCGAUGUUAUUGAUGAGGUAGAUGCUAUGAUUGCUCAAAGGGAAAUCGAUAAAGAUUUCGACGAUGUUAAUGACACAGACAUGGAAAAGGCGGAACUUGUGAUGCUGAAGAUAAACUUGAACAAUAGCAAUGUAGCAUUGAAUGUAACCAACUUGGAUGAAAAGGACCAAAAUCGAAAUAAUGGAUGGCAGAUGCCGAAAAAGCAAAAGAAAAAUCUGAAAAAACGAUUACGAAGAGAGCUUGGAUCAUCAGACAGAAUGGAUGAAUCGGAAAUCGACACGAUUUAUGACGUUUGGCAGUUGAGCCAGAAAGACAGAUGGCGACUAUACAGGUAUUGGAUGAACAAGUUCUCAGUUAAGAUGAGGGAGAAGAUCAGAGAAAAAGUUCAAGAAUACCAAUCUGCAUCUGAUCAGCACCGAAAAUUUGUAAUGCAUGAGGACAAGGGAAUUAUCAGACAGGCGACCGUGGUCGGAAUGACAAUCACUGGGGCAGCAAAAUACCAGGCAGUCUUGCAGGAAAUUGGUCCAAGAGUGAUAGUUGUAGAGGAGGCAGCAGAGGUGUUGGAAGCACAUGUAGUCACAAUACUCAGCAGACACUGCCAACAUCUGAUCCUCAUCGGAGACCACAAACAACUCAGACCGAAUCCAACAAUCUAUAAACUUGCUAAAAAUUACAAUUUAGACCUAUCAUUGUUUGAAAGGAUGAUAAAAAAUGACAUUGAACUUGAUUGCCUAGGACUUCAACACAGGAUGCGCCCAGAAAUUUCAAAGAUCAUGACGUUGAUUUACCCGGAGUUGCAAGAUCACAGCAUUGUAAAGACAUACGAUAAAGUCAAGGGGAUUACAACCAAUGCUUUCUUCAUAAACCACAGUUUUCCAGAACAAGAAGAUGACGACCUGAGGAGUCACUCAAACAGUCAUGAAGCCAAGUACAUUGCUGGGCUCUGCAAGUACUUCCUGCUACAAGGUUAUGAACCAGAGCAGAUCACCAUCCUCACGCUCUACUCUGGACAGCUCUUUGCCAUUAGAAGGGAAAUGCCAAAGCAAACAUUCAGUGGCGUUCACAUUACCGUUGUCGACAACUUUCAAGGGGAAGAAAAUGACAUUGUUCUACUGUCACUUGUCAGGAGUAACAGUGACGGAAAAAUAGGAUUUUUGAAAAUCGACAAUCGCGUGUGUGUUGCGUUGUCUCGGGCUAAACAGGGCAUGUUUGUUAUAGGAAACAUGGAUAUGAUGGCACAAGGAAGCAAGCUUUGGAAAAACGUUGUUUCUCAUGCACAGAAAGAGAGGAUGAUCGGAGAAGGUCUAAGACUUGUUUGUCAAAAUCACCCAGAAGACAAUGGACUCAUCGCCAAAGUACCUGGGGAUUUCCGAAAAGCUCCUGAGGGUGGAUGUAUGAAGCCAUGCCAGUUCCGUCUUGCAUGUGGCCAUACCUGCAGUAUGGUCUGUCACGUACUAGACCAGAAGCAUGAAAAAGUUCAAUGCAGAAAACGUUGUGAGCGUAAGAUUUGCACUAACGGUCAUAAAUGCAAAAAGAUGUGCUACCAAAACUGUGGUGAAUGUCAAAUUAUAAUGCCGAAAAAGAUACCGCAAUGUGGUCACACACAGGAAAUUCCUUGUCAAAUCGACCCUAACUACUUCCGCUGUGAAGAAAGGUGUGAAGAAAACUUACCGUGUGGACACCGAUGUGCAGAGGCAUGUGGAGAGGAUCAUACAACAGAGUGUCAGGAACUUGUCCUUAAGUCCUGGCCAUCUUGUAGACACGCUGGAAUGGUAAAAUGCUCCGAAAAAGUCACGAAAGAAUGCGUCGAACAAUGUCAAGAUAUUUUGGAACAUAAACAUCAUUUGUCUGGACACUGGUUUAAAUGUCCAAAUGGACAUGUGUACGCUAUUGGAGACUGCGGUGGUGCAACGAUGCAGGGGGCCUGCCCAGAAUGCAAAGCGGCUGUAGGAGGUGGUUCCCACACACCGCGGUCGGACAAAACAUUAGCGCCUGAAAUGGACGACGCAGCUUCGCCAGCUUGGUCUACUUUUAGACACGCUGGAAUGGUAAAAUGCUCCGAAAAAGACACGAAAGAGUGCGCUGAACAAUGUCAAGAUAUCUUGGAACGUAAACAUCAUCGGUCUGGACACUGGUUUAAAUGUCCAAAUGGACAUGUGUACGCUAUUGGAGACUGCAAUGGUGCAACGACGCAGGGGGCCUGCCCAGAAUGCAAUGCAACUAUUGGAGGUGGUUCCCACACACUACGGUCGGACAACACAUUAGCGCCUGAAAUGAACGGCGCAGCUGCGCCAGCUUGGCCUGCUGCAAUGAUUCACAAUAUUGAGAAUUUCCGGUUAGACCAAUGAAGUAUUUUGACAAAAAGGAGGAGAUAUAUACUGACAUUAAAAAGUGUUAUUACAUCAUAGACUGAAAUAUUGUUUUAUAUGUAUUCACCAUGUCAACGACUCCAGAUUCCUUUUUCAUUGAGGGUUAUCAGUAUUUUGUUUUACUAAAUUUGAAUGUAUAUCCCAGAAUUAAUACAUUACUCAAAAAAUGAAUUACGUUAUAUCCUUAUUAUUCGUAAAUACUCCUUUAUUACUGGAAUUAAAUACAUUUUUUUAGAUGUAUUGUUUUAGAAGAAGCUGAAUUUAUAUUUGCAUGUGUUAUUUUAAUUUUUUUUUUUUUUGGCAUAUGACUGAAUAGUAUAUUUUUUGUGAUGUUAUUGUAAUCUAAUAAUAUUCUUUUUACUUCGGUUAAAGAGGAAUGAAAUGUGUACCCAGUUGUAUAGCUAAAAUAUUGCAAUGUUUGUAUAAUCAAAUGGGUAUACUGAAACCAUGUUUGUUAUUUAGUGUAUGUUUGCGGUUUUUAAAUUGUGUAUGUAAGUUAACAUGAACAUGAGUAUUGUAAUUGGGCGUUUUAUAAGUGGCGUCAUACACCCAAAGUCUCGUGGAUCGUGGUCUCUUUUUAGCAGAUUUGAUAGAAAUAUUGCAUGCAACACGAUAUAUUGUAUUCAUACAAAUUCAUUGCUUAUUGAACAUCUUAGAUGAUUUUUUAUUUUAUAUGAAACUAUAAAUAAGUGUUUUUUUGUAAAUCAUGUACCAAUGUGACUUAGCGAGUUGUAUUUAGCGUUUUAGAGUCGCCACACCGGUGAAACAGACGUUUUCGAAAGUUCGCAACAUAAGUUUUAAAUUCCUGUUUGUGUUAAAAGCCACAUUUGAGCUGAAGUUUACAAUUGUGAAUACUUUCAUAAAUCAAGUAUAAAAACUACUAUAAGUUUAUGUUCAUCACAUAAACAAAUAUCGAUAAAAAUAGCAGUUUCCAAUAUCGGCAUUUGUCUUCAAGCCUUUUGUCAUUAUGGCAUCACAAUAUAAUAUAUAUAUAUAUAUAAAUUCAGUGAUGCCAUGAAGUAGUGACGUCAUCAUAUUACGUGUACAAUGGGAAACUCUCAGUCAACCUCAGCUCCACAACGUAUUAUUAAGCUUGCGUUCAAAACACAAGUUUCUGAGCUGAUUUUUCAUUUUUUUUUUUAAUAACUUUGCUCAUUCUAUCUUGUGUUGAAUUACCGUGCAUCCGAACGUGAUGAAGUAAUCACUAUAUACCCAGAAUGUGUAUUUUGAAUGUGUGUAUUACUUUUUUUCAACCUACAGAUAUGUUUUGUUUUUAAUUUUGAAAUACGGAGUUGCGAGCCGUAAAUUUUCUAGGCACCGAAAACCUAAGUGAAAUAUUUGUAAGUCUAAACUACAAGAUAUGCCAUAGAUAAAUUGAUUUAUUAACAUAACGUUAAACGUUUCAUAUAGUUUUAUCAGAUGAUAACCUAAGUAUAACAUUGUAUCCUUUUGAAGCGCUAUCUAUAUGGUUUGUAUACCUUUAUAAAUCUUGACACAUACCCACUGAACCAUGAAGUCAAUCUUUGAAGCGUAACGUUGUAUAAUUAAAGCUUACUGUACCGAGCUUUCUCUAAUGAUACUGUUUGCAAUAGUUGACAUUACAAUGUAAAUUUUUGACCUCCCCUUAGUUUAAGUUGUAUACGCCCGUCAAAUUUGACGGGAGUAUUAUGGUAUGGCGUCGUCCUUCUGUCCGUCCGGCGUAAACUUUUGUGUGUUCGGCAAUCUUCCCCUUCAUUUUUCGACCGAUCUCUUUGAAACUUGGUAUACAUUAUAAUCAUGAUAUGAAGUUGUGUCUCCC